UUAUGUUUCAGGUCGUGUUAACAUUCAGGUAACUGUAGACUGAACAACUCAGUUUGGGUGUCUAAUGUAAAUUAAAGCCAAAGUGAAGUUUUCCUCAGUAUUAUAAGAACUUGGAAACUGUAAAAUCUAAUUACUUUUCAAUGUGGUUCUUAACAGGUGAAAACAGAAGUAGUGCAGAGGCAGCUCAUGAGAAUGGCGCAGAUAUCGUGCAUUGGCUUAGGGGACGUCUGUGAUAGAAUGGACUCACGAAGAAUUAUUCUCUGACUGUCCCCACAGGGAAGGUGAUUAACUAUUGGAUUAUGAUAUGAAGAGCAGUCCUGUAUUUCUUAAUCUCUUAACAUCUUUGAAUCAAGAUUGUGGAAAAAAAAAAUCUGAAAAUUGCUUCAGCCUGCUGCAAGGAUGGAAGAAGUUAGUGUUAUCCAGCAUUCCUGCUGAGUAUAUCACUUACUGCCACUUCUGAUCUUUGAAGAGAGAUUUAUCGCUUCCUGUGGCAAUACUGAAUACUCAAAAGAGGGUGUUCUGACCUCAAGAGCUGCAUGAAGAAUAGCCAGCAUGAAGAGAACAAAUCAGUCCAGGCAGAAGUGCAGAAGCAACAAGAACAUAAAUCAGGAAGGUGAAAUGGAAGGUGAGGCAGUCGAAGCUAUUGUGGAGGAAUCAGAAACUUUCAUUAAGGGAAAAGAGAGGAAAACCUAUCAAAGACGCCGUGAAGGCGGGCAAGAGGAUGAUGCUUGUCACCUACCGCCAAACCAAGCAGAUGGAGGUGAAGUAGUGCAGGACGUCAGCAGUGGGGUGCAGAUGGUGAUGAUGGAUCAGCUGGAUCCAACUCUUCUUCAAAUGAAGACUGAAGUAAUGGAAGGUGCAGUGCCUCAAGAAACUGAGGCUACAGUGGAUGACACACAGAUCAUAACACUUCAGGUUGUUAAUAUGGAAGAGCAGCCUAUAAACCUUGGUGAGCUUCAGCUGGUCCAAGUACCUGUACCAGUGACUGUACCUGUUGCCACCACGUCUGUGGAAGAACUGCAGGGAGCUUAUGAAAAUGAGGUUUCCAAAGCAGGCCUGCAAGAGGGGGAGCCCAUGAUCUGUCACACCCUCCCUUUACCAGAAGGCUUCCAAGUAGUGAAAGUGGGUGCAAAUGGUGAGGUGGAGACACUGGAACAAGGUGAUCUUCAGCCACAGGAAGAUCCCAAUUGGCAGAAAGAUCCAGACUAUCAACCACCAGCCAAAAAAACAAAGAAAAACAAAAAGAGUAAGCUUCGCUACACUGAGGAAGGCAAAGAUGUGGAUGUGUCUGUGUAUGACUUUGAAGAGGAGCAGCAGGAGGGUUUGUUGUCCGAGGUUAAUGCAGAAAAGGUGGUGGGCAAUAUGAAGCCACCUAAACCAACAAAAAUUAAAAAGAAAGGUGUAAAGAAGACAUUCCAGUGUGAACUGUGCAGUUACACUUGUCCCCGUCGUUCCAACCUGGACCGCCACAUGAAAAGCCACACUGACGAAAGACCACACAAGUGCCAUCUCUGUGGCAGGGCUUUCCGGACAGUCACGUUGCUGAGGAACCACCUCAACACUCACACAGGUACUCGCCCUCACAAGUGCCCAGACUGCGACAUGGCCUUUGUGACCAGUGGAGAGUUGGUUCGGCAUCGCCGCUACAAACAUACCCACGAGAAACCCUUCAAGUGUUCCAUGUGUGAUUAUGCCAGUGUGGAGGUUAGCAAAUUGAAACGCCACAUUCGCUCUCACACUGGGGAGCGCCCGUUCCAGUGCAGCUUGUGCAGCUAUGCCAGCAGGGACACCUACAAACUGAAGAGGCACAUGAGGACCCACUCCGGAGAGAAGCCAUAUGAAUGUUACAUCUGCCACGCUCGCUUCACUCAGAGCGGUACCAUGAAGAUGCACAUUUUGCAGAAGCACACGGAGAAUGUGGCCAAAUUCCACUGUCCUCACUGUGAUACUGUCAUAGCGAGAAAGAGUGACUUGGGUGUCCACUUGCGGAAGCAGCAUUCCUACAUCGAGCAGGGCAAGAAGUGUCGCUACUGCGACGCCGUGUUCCACGAGCGCUAUGCCCUCAUCCAGCACCAGAAGUCCCACAAGAACGAGAAGCGCUUCAAGUGUGACCAGUGUGAUUAUGCGUGCAGACAGGAGCGACACAUGGUCAUGCACAAACGGACCCACACUGGAGAAAAGCCUUAUGCCUGUAGCCAUUGUGACAAAACCUUCCGCCAGAAGCAGCUCCUCGACAUGCACUUCAAACGAUACCACGAUCCCACCUUUGUCCCUGCUGCCUUUGUCUGUUCCAAGUGCGGCAAAACGUUCACUCGCAGGAACACAAUGGCCAGACAUGCUGAUAACUGCUCUGGCCUAGAUGGUGGGGAAGGAGAGAAUGGAGGAGAGACAAAGAAGGGCAAACGUGGCCGAAAGAGAAAGAUGCGGUCUAAGAAAGAAGAUUCCUCUGAUAGUGAGGAAAAUGCUGAACCAGAUUUGGAUGAUAAUGAAGAUGAGGAGGAGACUGCAGUAGAAAUUGAGGCUGAACCAGAAGUUGAGCAAGAGGCUCCUGCACCACCUCCCAGUAAGAAACGAAGAGGGAGACCACCAGGCAAAGCUGCCACCCAACCAAAACAAUCCCAGCCUGCAGCAAUCAUUCAGGUUGAAGACCAGCACACUGGUGAAAUUGAAAAUAUUAUAGUUGAAGUGAAGAAAGAGCCUGAUGCAGAAACAGCAGAGGAAGAGGAGGAAGCUCAGCCUCCUGUAGUGGAAGCUCCCAAUGGAGACCUCACCCCUGAGAUGAUUCUCAGCAUGAUGGACCGGUGAUGGAGGAAGACCACGCUGGCUGACUGAACUGGCCUGGGCUGUGUUUAAGCGGCUCAAAUCUAUUUUUCCUUUUAUCUUUUUUCUUGGCUUUGGGAAAUGCAUCAUUUUAGACCAUUUUACCAGACAUACUGGGAAAAAAAAAAAACAAACGAUGUUAGAAUGUGAUUUAACUAGAACUU